UUCACGUCAGUUGAGCUUUGCGAUUGAAUAAUUUUUACAAUUUUAAUUAGGUACCUAUACACAGUGAAUAAUAUUAAUAAAAUAUUGUUGGGCGUGGUAAAUAGAAUGCUUAACUUAUAACUAACACCUUUUUCUAAGCUUGUGCGUCUUUUGAUACAAGUAGAAUCAAAAGCUGACAAUGUUGCGGUUCCUUAGUAGAAGAGGAAGGUCCUCUAGUCAGACACGAAACAAGCAAAAUCAAAAAGCAUCAAUCAACAAAAACUUUAUACAAUGUAAGGUAAUGUUACUUGAUGAAACUGAUUUAUCUAUUAAUCUCUCUAAAAAAGCAAGUGCGGCUGAUUUGUACGAGCAAGUAUUUUACUCACUGGAUUUGAUUGAAAAAGAUUAUUUUGGUUUACAAUUUACUGACACCAAUAAUGUCAAGCAUUGGCUGGAUCCAACCAAGACAAUAAAGAAGCAGGUCAAAAUUGGUCCACCAUACACACUCAGGCUCAAGGUCAAAUUCUAUUCUUCUGAACCAAAUAAUUUAAGAGAAGAGUUGACACGCUACCAGUUCUUCCUUCAACUGAAGAAAGACAUUCUAGAGAGUAAAUUAGAAUGUCCUCACACAACUGCAGUGGAAUUAGCUGCCCUAGCACUCCAGUCCGAGUUGGGCGAUUUCGAUGAGGCUAUACACACGCCGGCAACUGUUUCGGAAUUUCGGUUUGUUCCGAACCAAACAGAAGAGAUGGAAAUCGAAAUUUUGGAGGAAUUCAAAAAAUGUAAGGGCCUUUCCCCGGCGCAAGCCGAAGUCAACUAUUUAAACAAGGCUAAGUGGCUAGAAAUGUAUGGUGUCGAUAUGCAUAUCGUCCUGGGUAAAGAUGGCUGUGAAUACCAUCUGGGGCUCACCCCCACUGGUAUUCUCGUAUUCGAGGGACCACAAAAGAUAGGCCUCUUUUUUUGGCCCAAAAUAAGCAAAUUGGAUUUCAAAAAGAAAAAAUUGACCCUCGUCGUAGUCGAAGACGACGACCAGGGUCGCGAGCAGGAGCACACUUUCGUAUUUAGACUACACAACGAAAAAGCAUGCAAACACCUCUGGAAAUGUGCUGUGGAACACCACACAUUCUUCCGCUUACGUGCUCCCGUAAAAGGCCCGUCGGCCCGACAGAACUUUUUCAGAAUGGGCUCGAGAUUCCAAUAUUCAGGAAAAACUGAGUAUCAAACCACUCAACAGAACCGAGCUCGCAGGACCGUUCAAUUCGAACGCCGACCGAGUCAACGUUUCGCGCGGCGACAGAGCCACGUACUUAGAGAACGCGAAAAGCAGAAUCCCCCUAAACAAGAGAAUCCGCCUCAAUGCGAGGCGAGCACUUCAGCCGAAAUCGGUAUUCCAGUUUCCGAGUCAUCUACCGAUACUCUGUCCCGGAAGAGCAGCGCAAAGUCGCAAAAAUCCAUUUUACUCGAAAACGAUCUCAAGGUUGCUAGUCUCGGGGAAUGUUCCACUAAGAGCGUAGCCAACGAGCCGGAGCCACCGGAGGAAGUCAAGAUAUCGAAGGACGAAGCAAUCAACAGCAAGGUGCUUUUGAAAAUGGACAAGAGUAAUCUGGACGAGAAGAAAAACAAUUUGAGUCAGAUCGUUCUGAACAAGCCUUCCUGCAACUGUUCUCCUGUUGCCGAAUACAAUCCACUGAACGACCUUUUGAUGAGCUUAGUGAAGGAGAAACUCAACAACGAUGAUUCCAAAAACGAAGCGAAGAAGGAUCAGCUAGAUUCGGCGGACAAAGAAUUGCCAAAUAACCAGGCAAAAUACCUGCCUUGCACGAAGAAUUUGCCGCCGCCGUUGAAAUGCAACAACAUACUGAAGGCGCGAGAGGACGAAGUUAAAAUUAUUAACGAGUCGACCAACAUAAACUUAGCGAUGCCGACGAUACCUUCUCCGAAGAUCUUGAACGAAAGUAAUGCGAGCAAUUCGCAGUACGUUUCUAUUGUCGUGGUCGAACCGCCUCUGUCUCAAACCAAGAUGGCUUCACCGAAACCGACAGAGAAAGUAGAAGACAAAACUCCCAAACCUCAACCGAUUUCUUCUCUAUCGCCUUGGCUGGUUACGUCCGAGCCGAGUUCCCCUUCGGGUAUCGGAGAGAAGGAGAUAACUAUAAUUCAUCGAAAAUCCGUCAUUACGACUCAACUUUAAAUCGAUACAAUAUAGCCUUGAUACGACGCAAGUCGGCUUACUUAAACAGUUUACUAAUGUAACUUUUAAGUAGUAGCAGCUAGUGCCUUGUUACUUAUAAGGUUUGAAUUUUAAUCAAACUUAAGCACUAUUUUGUGCGAAAAAAAUAUUUUUCCUUUUAAGUUUUAACUAAUGAUCCUACGGAAUAGGAUUAAGUCAAAUAUUAUGGUGCCUUUAUACAAAUUGUAGAACUUGUUGAUGACGAUUUUGACGUUAUUAACCAAGCCCAUUGGGUGCUAGUAGUUUUUUUAUAUAUUUAAAUAUAAUCUAUUUAAAGAAAUACCACAUAAUAUCUUAUGUUUGAAAAUUCGUUAAUUCCGAAAUGCUGACAUUCCAUUAAGGUUUACGAACAAUUUGUUAUCUUCAUGACAUUAGAAGAGUUGUAGACUAUUCAUGUACUUAAUAGGUAUAAUUAAUUCUUAUAUUACUAUGCAUUUUAUGGUUAAUUUUUAUGACUUAGACAAUUUUUGGAAACUUAAUAUCAGAGUAACUUUGCUAACCGGCAUUGCUUUAAUUACAUAAUAUUAUAAUAAGUUUAAAGCAAUGAUUAAAGUGUAGAGUUGUAUCCUAGACGUAUUCUACCCAUGAUUAUUAUUAGUGAUGCUAUUCUAGUAUUCAUUAAUAAUAUUGUUGUUAUUUCGCUUUCAAGUUUUGGAUGAAAACCAAAAGUGAGAUUAACUGUAACAGACUUGGGAUUCGAUUGUUUUAUUUAAAAAAAUGAACUUAAAACUUUUGCCGGAGAUAUCGAAAAAUACUUAUCUUUAUCGGACUUUAUCGGACUUUAGAAGAAUAGGCUUUUUGAAUUAAAAUUAUAAUAUUCUCAGUAUACUGCAAUGAUAGACAAGGUGACAAAUGACAAUAAACAAAAAAAAAAAACAUUUUAGCCAUAAUAUCAGUACUCCAUACAUUGUCUAAUUACUAACAUCUACACAGUACACUAACAUACUAUAACCAACUCAAUCUUUUUUUAGUUUUUGUAAGUCCAUCUAUAUUUAAAAU